GUGUACCUCGCCGAGUCCGCCAACGCUGAAACCGCCGAAGCCGCAGCCGAUGCUGCGGCCGUGGCUUUCAAGACUUGGAAAAAGACUUCUGCCAAAGAUCGCCGGGAUCUCCUAUUGAGAUACGCCGAUUUACUUCAAAGUCACGCAGACGAGCUAAUUGCUACUCAAGUUGCGGAAACCAGUGCGGCCGAGCUAUGGGGCAAGAAAAAUGUCCAGCUGGCCAUUGGCUUGAUUCAAGAAACUGCUGCCUGUAUUACCUCGUUGAAGGGUGAGAUACCACAGAGCGAGUCAUCUGGUAUCUUGCCGCUCGCUUUUACAGUGCCUAUUGGACCAGUUUUAGUCAUUGCUCCCUGGAACUCACCCAUCAUUCUGGGUGCGAGGAACAUUGCGACCGCUGUUGCAGCUGGAUGUUCCGUGGUGUUCAAAGCCUCAGAAAAUUGUCCUAAGCUGCAUCAUUUGCUCGUCAAAAUCUUUGAAGAGGCGGGUCUUCCCAAAGGUGUCGUAAAUGUGAUCCAGGCGAGCAGAGAGAAGGCUGCCGAGGUGACCGAGGCUGUUAUUGCGCACCCCGCUAUUCGCAAGGUCGAAUUUGUUGGAAGUGCAACAGUAGGACGGAUUGUUGGCCAGGUCUGUGCGAAGCACCUCAAGCCGAUAUUCAUGGAGCUGGGUGGAAAGGGACCCGCCAUUGUGCUCGAUGAUGCGGAUCUAGCUGCUGCUGCUAAACGUUGUAUUGCUGGAGCUUUUCUUCAUCACGGACAGCUUUGCUUCUCGACAGAGCGGAUCGUCGUCCUUGAGAGCGUUGCUGCGGAAUUCCAACAGCUUCUGAUCAAAGAGGCAGAAUCAUUCACCAUCACCGAUGGUGUCAGCCCCCGGAUUGUUGAAUCAUGCCAAGAAAAGCUCCUCGAUGCAAAGGAGAAGGGAGCGACUUUCCUUGUGGGCAAGCCAGACAUGAUGGGCCCUGCCAAGCUCCACCCAACAAUCCUGCUGGGUCUCACAAAAGACAUGCUCCUUUGGAAUGAAGAGUCAUUCGGCCCUUCCGCUGCGUUGUUUAUUGCUCGCGAUGAUCAACACGCAGUUGAACUGGCCAAUGAUAGCAAAUAUGGCCUGAAUGCUGCCAUACACACCAAAGACUUCAAUCGAGCUUGGAUGAUGACACAGGAACUUGAUUUUGGUCAAGUUCAUACCAACAAUAUGACACCGCAUGACGAGCCUACCUUCCCAAUUGGAGGCGUUAAAGGAAGUGGAUGGGGGCGCAAUAAUGCCCUUUCUGGUCUCCGAGAAUUUUCCGAGACUAGAUUGAUGACAUGGAGCUUGAACGGGAGCAAGUUUGUUUAA